AUUACUUCAUAAUAUAAGAACAAAUUGAAGUCCUUAUUCCCAAUUCUCCUUUUAAUUCAACCGCAGCAAUCUCCGUCUCUGCCCCACGGCUUACGUUGAGCGAGGUAGUGGUUAGCAUUAUAUAUUUUGGGAACUUGCAGUAUGUCUCGUGGAUCUGUGAAUCGGAAACAUGUUACACGUAAAGAUGUUAAGCGGGUGCAGGCUCUUAUUGAGCACUGUCUGACACAAAAUAUGAAUAAGGAAGAAGCUGUUGAGUUAAUAAGUCAAGUAGAAAUAGAGCCUAAUUUCAUCAAACUAGUUUGGCAAAAGCUUGAGGAAGAAAAUCAAGAGUUCUUUAAAUGUUAUUAUGCAAAAAUGGCAUGGAAGCAGAAAAUGAUGCUACUCAGCAUAUUUUCGGAAGAACAAGGGGAAAUAACGGGCUUAACUUCAAGUGCACCACUCCCUACCUUUGAUGGUUCACACAACCCUGCAGUUUCAUCCCAAGCCAACUGUAAUGUUGGCUUAACUACAAUCCCAUCAUCAUUCCCUACCUUUGAUGGGUUACAUAGCCCUGAAGUUUUAUCACAACCUAACUCUAUUUUUGAUGGGUCACACAACCCUUCAUUUUUAUCACAACCCAAUUCUAUUGCGGGCUUAACUCCAUUUGCAUCCCUCCCUACCUUUGAUGAGUUACAUAACCCUGUAGAUUUAUCACAACCCAACUUUAGCUUUGAUGGGUCAGAUAACCUUGCAGUUUUAUCACAGCCUAACUCUAAUGUGGACUUGACUGAAAUUGCCUCAUUACCUAACUUUGAUGGGUCACAUAACCUUGCAGUUUUACCACAACCUAACUCUAAUGUGGACUUGACUGAAAUUGCACCAUUCCCUACCUUUGAUGGAUCACACAACUCUGUGGUUUUGUCACAACCUAACUCCAACAUGGCACAUCUUCCUCCAUUACCUUACUACACUGAAGAGCAAAUCCAAGCAAGUUUGAUGCCAACAAAUAUGGAACAACCCAUUUAUUCAAGUUCAUAUGAUGUGUUUAACAAUUGUGGAUCGUCUCUCCAAACAAGUAUGCAGGGUGGUGCGGUUGAUGUGUCUGCUUAUGACAAAGACAAUUGGAUUAGUGGCCCUUCGAGCAUGCUUUCUGAUCAAAGUGAAGACAUGGGUAUGAUACAAAGAAUUAAUCGGGAGAUGAUUGAAUCAUGGCCUGAAUAUUCAGGUUUUCACCCCUUAAAUUAGGGAAAUACCCUUCCCUUUAAUUUUGACACCUUUGUAGGAGACAGUGGUGAAUGUAGUGAACCAACUAAUUGAUGAAAGAUAUUAUUUAUUUAUUUUUAUAAAAUUAUAGCUUAGGAAAGUAUUGUUCUGUUUUUGGUCCAAAUAAAUUGGGAAAGUCUGAAUUUAUUUAAAUUUUUGUUCUAAGAAAAAAAAAAUAGAAUUAAUCAUUUUAUAUUGUUUUGUAAUAUCAAUAACGGUAUGUAUUCAGGUUUUA